GCCACGCUCAUGAGAAGUGCCGAUGCGCCUAAACGCUGACCUCCAUUCAUUGUGCGCACCGCUUAGCAAGAGAGCUGGACGCCGGUCGUUGCCAUGGCGCCGUUCAGUUUGAACGCGAUGGCGCUCGCGGCCACGGAGGACUGGGUCCGCAAGCGGCUGCAGCUCGCGCACGACAACCUCGGUGAUGUGCGCUCACUGUCACUGCCUGGCACGUACAGCGAGAAGGUGGCCCACUUGGGUAGCUCACUCAAGAACUUCACUCGGCUCAAGUCUCUGGAUCUCUCCAGAAACUCUCUCAUGAGCUUGCAGGGCCUGGAACACCUGACAUUGCUGGAGAAGCUCAACCUCUACUACAACAGCGUGGCCAACAAGCAGGAGCUGCUGCGGCUGCGUGCCAUGUCUGGCCUGCGCGAGCUUGACCUGCGGCUCAAUCCUGUGGCAGCAGCGGAGCCAGACUACCGCUUGCUGCUGGUGCACAUGCUGCCCAACCUGCGCCGGCUGGAUGACAGGCCCGUACGAGACAGCGAGCGGAAGGCGGCACUGAUGCACUUCAGCAGCGAUCAAGCGUAUGAGUUCCGGGAUCCUGACCCACCAGCAGCUAAAGAACCUGAAAAGCCCUUGCAGCCGAGGGCGGCGUAUGUGAGCUCAUUGUCACGACCACGCUCCCUGCUGGAUGCUGACGACGAACGAGUCCUCAACUUGAUUUCGCAGCCGGGAUUCACGCUCGGCAGCAAGGAGCCCUCCGUCGAGCUGCACUCCCUGGAGAGCAUACGGGAAAUGGACAGGGUGACUUCUGGAGACAAACUCGGCAUGUCUCGCCCUACUCAAGAGGAAAGCAAAGCCAAGGACCCGUUCCUGCAAAUCCAGAAUUGCUCAACGCAAUCCAUCGACAUCCCCAAGACAAGCUCAGGAUUUCGAAGUGGAACUGGGGGCAAGGUUUAUACCGAUUCCACGAACCAUGAAGGAGGGGCACUGAAGGCGUCUCCGCCAAGGUCGGCACUGCGCUCGCCAGGGAAGGAGGGCAGCGCCGCUGGCCGGCCCCGCGAUGGCCACGUGCGCGUCACCUUCGCAGACGAGGCUCCCCGUGACCUCAUGGCGCCUGACCCCAACCUGCGCUUCCAGGACGAGGCCGAGGCGUACCACGUGAUCAGUGGGCGUGCCAACUUCACGCCACACCCUGCAGGGGGCAUGCACAGCAUUUCCUGCGACAGCAAUACUGGGAAAGGUCUCCCCUCCAGCAGAAGUGAAAAUGAAGCCAUUCACAAGCGCUGGAGCAGCCUGGACCAGCUGUCCAAGUUGUCACCGAGCCAGAGGACCUUGCAUGAAAAAGUGGCAGAUGUGGAUUGCACGCUGGUUCCCCCGCCAUUGGAACAAUUGCUGGAUCUGGUCGACAAGCACUGGAAUGGUUCCAGAUCGCUGCACGUCAAUGAUCGCUUCCUAGUUCCCGCUCGGCAGAUCCUGAACGCCAUCAGCGGUGGAGUGUCUAUGUUGAGUCUUCUGCGUGAGCUUCAAGAACUCCGUGAUCGGAUCUCGGAUCUGACCCGUGAAAGAGAGGCCCUGGCCCGAGAGAACGCCGCGCUAAAUCAGGACCACGCCGCCACACGGGACCAGAUGGUGCAGUUGCAGGCACAGGCCCUCAGACAAACUGCUGAAAGCCAGGAACUUUUGAAAAUCAAGGACCAACUCACAAGUGCACUGAAAGACGGUGCGGAGAUGCGGUCGAAGCUGACGCAGAUCGUGGAGGAGAGCCACCUGCUGCGGGAGAAAGCUACCCGGCUGCAGCGAGAGGCGACGGCACGAAGCGGAAGCGUCCGUGCAGACGCGACGCAGCACGCGGGUGAACUCCAGCAGGAAAACCAGAAGCUGGUUACCGAGAUGAAGAAUAUGCGGCACCAGCUUCAGCAACUCAGUCAGGUUCACGAGCUCGUCACAAUGUUGCAAGAGAGCCACAAGUCGUUGGUGAUGACGAACGAGCACCUCCUGCGCGAGCUGGGCAAUGCACGGGAGCGUCACGGAACCGGACGGUUCCCGCCCGCGCUGGAGUGAAGAUGGUGCAGCCGCCGCCACCGCGAAACGGCAAGUUCACAGAGCCAAGAGUCCGGUUCGCGUAAACACCACCCGCUGUAUUGCUCCAAGCCACGCGGUUGCUUCCAGAGACUGCAACCACUGGCUUCCGUUAACGCAGUGGUUUUCAACUGCUGAGGGAGGGGUGGGGGGGAGGUUGUGAGGGCAUAUUCUCUGGGGGAGGAAGGCUGUCUUCACAGUGGUUGGGGCGGGAGGGGGUAACAGAUUUGGCUUAUUUUUAGCACUGACAAAAAAACUCGUAGCUUGUUUUUUUGCAGAUUUUUGUUAAGUGAAUUGAGAAGCUUACUGCUGGGAAACUGGCACACCUCUCAAGUUAAACUACACCGAAAUAACUCAUUUGUUUUUAAAUUGUAUCACAUUAUUUUUACAAGGUCAUAUCAUUUCUUUUUCUCAGGCAUGUUCUUUGUGUCUCACAAGACAAAACUGAUCUUAGUUGAGUUAUUUAUACUGUAUAUUUGUGAAACUUGUGCCAACUCCCACUGAUACAUUUUAAGCGAAUUUCAAAUGCAGAAUAUCUCAUCCAGAUCACUUGAAGUAUGGGUAAAAGACUUGCAGUGUAUGGGCUUGUUGCCAUCCGGAGUGAAAUUUUACGAGGUAAAAAACUGUCAAAAUUCAUAUUAUAUUGACGUUGGGCAAGCCAACUUUUCUAAUGUAUUUGCCAUGACCUCAAAUACCUUUUCCUACUGCUGCUCAACUUGACUGCUCUCAUACAAGCAGCAUGACUUUGUAUUGCUGUUCAUGAAAGUGGGUUUUUCCCACCACAUAGGAACAUAGACAGACAUGUGCCUGCCUCAGAUGUAGCCCAGCACUGAAUAAAUGCACAGCUCCACCAUUCAAUAUUUAACCAUUAAAAAGUUUUAAAUUCAACACUUCCAUUUUUCGUUGUUCAUUUUUCACAUUAACAAGGCACAUCGUCUCAGCUCUAGUCAUUUACCAAAGCUCAUUGCAAGGCAUCCCCUAAAUCUUCUCAUUACAGACCUCAAUAACCCCAGAGGCAUUCCUCUUCAGCUAAAAGGGCGGUUUAAACUGAAUAAAUGCCACAUGAGUGCAGCCCAUAUCGUUUAUUUAAACGUGAAAAGAAUGGCACCAGCUGACGGGUGCUUGUGAAUUCCACAGUACGUUGCUGGUAAUAGAAAAUAAUAAAUGCGUGGUAUUAUAAAGAAGUUGUUUGGCAGUAUUGCUCACAUUAAUCAAGUUGCUGUGGCAGUGUUUUCCCCAUGUUAGUUUUGGCAGUUCUCUUUAAUGUAUUUUUUAUUUAAAUUCGAUUUUUAAUUGUAUAGAAAGAACUUACGUUUAAAAAAAUGACAUUGUUACCCAAAACCUCUUUUAAUCUUUAAAGAUUGAUAAGUCGUAUUUCAAAGCCAACUGGCAUUUGUUUUCAAAAAUCAAUUACAAUAAGUUUACGGUGUGGGAUAUUCAAAUGUUACUGUGAAAACAAUAUCCUGUGUGUUGCUGUAUAUAUUAUAAUCUGAUUAAAUGCAAUGUUUUAUCAUCA